CUAAGGUCCACACGAAGAUCCGCAGUUGAGAGAUACUUUAGUAGGCCCGGAUAUGAAUUGUUCUUCCUGUUGUUCUCGAAAUAAAAAGUCGAAACAAGAUGCUCUACAAGAGGCGUUCUUCACCUUACUCUCUCCGUCCACCGUUCUGUUGCGUUGCGGUCUCGCUGCUGCACACGUGGUCCCGGGGGCGCCCGGGCGUCGUGCCGAUACGGGCGGACUACGGUUCUGAUGAGUUGAAGGAGUCCCUGUUUUUCGCGGAAGACAAUGAAGGGUCCUUCAAUCCCUACGACCUCCCGCGCACCGACCACGAUAGGGAAGACGAUGUGGGGGAGGAGGAGAGACCACAUGAUCCACCAGACGAGGUUCUACCAGAGGAAGCCGAACAGCCUGAGACGGAGCCACCGCCUAACAAUACCUCAGCUGAAGAGGAGGAACUCACCGUGGUCCUGCCGGACGGCGAAACGAGCGGAAUAGAGGGCGACGGACCACAUGAGCAAGAACAUCCCGCAUCGUCAAACACUGUCGACGACUACCAGCCUGCGGGUGACGACUACUUGUCCCAACUGGUCGAGCCGAUAAAUUCCAGAAGAAACCAAGAGGACUUGUCCGAAGAGUCGGAAAACUGCGCCGAGAACGACGACGAGCAGGUCUUCCGGCAGUAUUUAUUGCAUUUCUACGAGUCCAACUACUGGGGCGCGCAGCAGUCGAUUUUGUUUCACAAAAUCCGCGGGUCGCACGCGCUGCACUGUCCCUCCGCGGUGCUGGGGACCAUGUUGUUGAAGAUGGAAUCCUCCGUGUUCCGCCACGACGCGGACGAGGUGAUCCCGGACCAGAAGGGGCUGUACGCGACGUAUCAAGUGCAAAAGUACUUACUUAUCGUACUGGUACUAAUCGCUGUCAGGCAUGACAGAUCUAGUUCUCUACGGGAUUUCGCAUCACAAAUUCCAUUUUUCCUUCUGAGAAAAAUUGUGAUGCAAUUUUCACUAGUGCGAAGAUGUUUUUGCGAUGCAUACGACGUACUUCCACGACAACCUGUCCCGGAUCAACAGAAACUGGCCGCUGGCUAUCAUACAGAAAAAAGCAGGCAGGGCGUAUUUGUGAUGCAUACAAUGAAUUGACCAUAGCGUGCUGUUAAGGCUACGCAAUACAGAUUUUUCUGCGUGUUCGUGUAUGUUUUUGCAUUACAAAUAUAGCCACCUGCUGGCUUUUUUGUGCGGGAUACUGGCGGAGGGCUACCAGCGGGUGCUGGAUUUAGAAGAGGCGUUGGUCGAGAAAAAGGAGUACAGCAUCGCGAUGAUCAUGAACUUCUGCUCCGUCAAGGACCGGUUCGGCGAGGCGCACGGGCUGGAUUGGCUCGCGGAAGGCAGCGACAUGCUGGAGGAGGACCCGGAUCUGCUAAGGAUAGGUAUCGACUUCUGUCGUUGUCCUGCAUUUUCAUUUUGCUAGCUCGUCUGUGCAUGAGAGGUAGAGGCCGCUGUAAAAACUACUGUGAUCAAUAUGGGUUGAUGUCUGUAGAUCAGGAGAAAACAACUUCUCAGUAGUAGUUUUCACCACUAAACACUCUCAGUUGACGUCCACAUCUACAUCGUCGACCUGCCCAAGUGCAAUGGACAGCGCUCGCACUUCGCUCACAUCGAGCGGGUCGUCAAGUCGCUCACCGUCGAGCGCUACCAGGGGGCGCCAGACCGCGAGGAGCAGAGCUCGUACUUUCGCUACAUUGUCGACCACUACGACGAUAUGGCGGAUUUCGUCAUCUUCGUUCACCCAGACGCGCCGGAGCACCAGGGAAAGGAGAUGCGCGCCUUGGUCGAGGCACUGCGGUUGCUGAAAACCAAGUCGGCACUGGUAAAAUUUUUGGAUAGAUUUUAGUUGUUUUGCGAAUGGAAAUCUUCAGAGGUGCAGCAGUUUCCUCUCGGACAUGAUAGGGAAUAAAACCAUGCAGCUCAAAUUAUUUUUGUGUGAGCGCGCCAAGAACUCGUCUGCUGGUCAUUGGUCGCACUAUCUGGUUCUGAUCACGACCGUUGGCAAAUCGACUGCAACACCCUCCAAACGAUGAUCGCGACCACCUCCUGCAGGCGUAUCGCACCAUAGAGUACUACCCGCUGGCCAUGCAGUACAUUCGCAGCCCUCUUUAUGGAAUGCGAGGAGUUCAUUUGAGUCUUUCUCCUUGCAGCUGAUGUGUACAAAAAUUUAAAGUUCAUUGUCUUGUUGUAAGUAUUGCCCCCGAGGAGCAGUUUUCUGGGAGCGAAACGGUGAAAACGCAAGCAGGGCAUGGUAAUAGAUAACUUUUUAACCUGUUCUAGCAUGAGGAAGGUUCAAGAAAUUUCCAUGCUCCAUACUUUCCGCACCUCUCGGUCCCUAUCCAAGAAAAAAAUAUUGUAGGUGUAAGUUUUUUGGAGGAACAGCAUUACAAAUUUGUCUGGCAUGACAGCAAAAAGCUGUCAUGCGCAGAUAGUACGUGAAAACGCCCCCUGAUGGACCCUGCGAUGCAUGCCAAGCAUGACAGACGCAAUCAUCUUGCAUGUUGAGCAUCACAAAUUUACACUAACAGCGUUCUUUUCUUGGAUAGUCCCGGGCCAUUCACUACUACGACGCGGGGGACCGCGAAGACGACUGGCCGGUAUCAAGUGCAAAAAUGUCUUUGUCUGGAAGGGUUGGAACUUGUGAUGCAAACUCUGGAACACGCAAAAAUUUGUGUUGCAUGAGCGCCAAAAGCUGUCCAUUUCUUGGCACGCAAGUAGGAAGUUUCUCAUGCGGGACAGGCAUCAUGAGGCGUGCUCAAAAUAACCUGUGAUGCUUUUGCCUGCAUCAGACGCCAUUUGCGUGAUCCGAAAUAUGCAAGACAAAUCUCGCAAUCUUCCAGACCCAGACAUUUUGCAUUUGAUAGACGGUGUUCUGGAACAAAUUGUUCCUCGACCGGCCCAAUGGCGUUUGCCCCCUCGGGUGCCGCUGGAACGACGAGAUGGACCACGAUUUUACCUUUUACAUCUAUCAAAUGCAAAAAUGUCCCGGUCUGGAAGAGUGCAACUUGUGAUGCUGAAUUUGGAUUCUACAAAAAUCUAGGCUGCGUGAACAGCAAAAGAGGUCCAGUUUGUGCCACGGCGAGGUGGCAUUUCUCAUGCGGUGUAGGCAUCAGGAAGCCCUCACAAAAUCUGUGAUGCUAGAGCAUGCGUCACAGACUUCAGGAGUCAUGCAAAGUGUGCACGACAAACCUGGGCCUGGCAUCCUUCCAGCCCCAGACAUUUUUGCAUUUGAUAACAUCGCCAGCCAAGCGAUCGUCCGUUCGGACCGGAUCCGGAUUCACCCACGAGAGUGGUACGGGAGCUUCUUCCAGCAAGAUUUGAUCUGGUUUUCGAACAAUUCCGGGCUGCUGGAGGCGGCCUGGCCCGUGAUCAUGGGGGAGGAACUGACAGAAGUGUCGCGGGAAGCGGAUGCGCGGUUGCCGCUGGCACUGAAGUUUGACAUCUUGACGAAAUACAGCUACGGCUGGAACGACGUGAUCUAGAGGUUGAAGAUGUGCUGGACGUACUGGCAAUACAACCGCACGACGUCGAGACAUGCUCAGCUGCUGAAUCGAUCACGAUCUUCAGGCCUUUAGUGUAGUACUGACCUCCAUGCGUCCUGGUGUCUUCGCUUCGACCCCGGGAGUAAGUAGUAAACAAACCCACGCGCCCACCGUGGAGGUGCCGGCGGAGUUCGACAUACAGAGCCCGAGGACUACGAGCAUCUUCAGACCGAGUUCCGAAAGAGGCGAAGUAUGCGGAGAGCUGCGUGAAACUACACAGAAGUUGCGUGCUUUCAUACCGCUGUAGAAGCAAGAAGUAGUGCACCUGACGAAUCUUCGAAUCGAUCCUACACUACAGGCCUACAACUCCAUCGAGUACUACCCGCUGGCCCUGCAGUACAUCCGCGAACCGCUGUAUUCGGGGAAAAUUUUGCUGAAUCGAGAGAAGCAAAGUCGACGUGUUGCAUGGUAAUUGUACUUCAUUGUGCGCAGAAUUGCUGACUAAAUUGAUCGUGUGCGAGACGAGGUCUAACAUACGCUGCAGGACGACUAUGCUAUCCCUUGAUUCUUUACUUUUCCCCUUUCGUGGUCUAUACGUUCCGCACCCGGCGCAGUCUGGAGCACAUCAAGGAGCACAAUGACGAGCACGACUACUGGGGUGACUUUUGGAAGCGGCUCGUGAGCCGGCCCAACGGGCUGUGCCCCUUCGGCUGCGACUGGAAUCACGAAAUGGACGAAUCCUUCACCUUCUACAUCGCCAGCCAAGCCGUCGUGCGCAAGGACCGCAUUCUCCGGCACCCGCAGGACUGGUACCGCGGGUUUUUGCAUUUGAGCGAGGAGGAAGAAGCUCGCGGGGAUUCCCUGACCGAGCACCUCCGCUGGCUCAGCAACAAUUCGGGGUUGCUGGAGGCCGCGUGGUAUCCUGUGCAAAAGUAUCGUACUCGUAGUAAUUAUUGGAAAUAUGCAUGACAAAUCUUCUUGCUAAGGUAAAACAGCAUUACAUACAAAUUCCAUUUCUAAUCUUGAGGCAAUUUGUAUUGCGAUUUAUACUAGUGCGAUACUUUUGCAAUGCAGACGUGGCCGGCGAUUUUGGGCGAGCCUCUGACGGAGCCGACGCGGGACGAGGACCCGAGGUUGCCGCUGUCACUGAAGCUGUCUAUUACGACAAGGUAUUCCGACGGACAGGCCGGGGUGAUAUGAGCGGGAAUUAGGCCAUUUCUUUAUUCCUUCGUUCUUGAUGUAGCAUUUUUGAGCUCUAGUAUUCUUGCUGCGACUUCCUGUGUAAGUAAGUAGUAGUUUGAUGCGCGGCCGCCGUAUUUGACGCAUCGCAAAAAUGUGCGGCGUUUCUUGCAACUGAUUCCAACGCGAACGCAAACGCACUGACACCUUGAUGUAGUUGUCGACUUCAUCAAAUUGCGGGGCUUGUCGUGAUAGGAC